GUCACCUGAAGCUGGAGGGGGAAGGGUACGGCACGAGCAACUCUCCCUUCCAGAUAGUUUUUUUCUGCGUCUUUGAAUUACAACAGUUCAGUGAAAGGGAAAGUAUUAACGGAGUGGACAAAGGUUUUGGAUGAUGCAGUGAUGAGUGGAGGUGUACGACGAUUGUGUAAAAGUUUCUUGGACUUUGUUGCUCCCACGGGAAAACAGGAGUCGACAGGGAGAGAAGAGAGGCCUGUUUAACGCGAUGGGAAAUUUGAUGCUUUUGGCGCUGCUGCUGCUUCAUCUUCCAACAGAUGUCUUGUCCAUUCAGGUGAGUGUUCCUCACACAGAGAGGAGCACGACUCUGUUUGCCUCUGUGAUUCUCCGCUGUGACUACAGCACCUCUGCAAACCCUCAGGAUGUACUGGUGUCCUGGAAGUUCAAGUCCUUCUGCAAAGACCCAGUGCUUGAGUACUACUCCACAGCGUAUCAGGCAGCACUACAGCUUGGUCAGGACCCUUCCAAUGACUGCCCAGACCGCCAGCGCACUGUCCGCACUGUGAUCCAAAAGAGAGGUUUAAAUGAGCCCAUUUUAGGGGCAGACUACAGAGAACGAAAAAUAACUAUACAAAACAAGGCUGACCUAGUAAUAACAGAGGUAAUGUGGUGGGACAAUGGAGUGUACUACUGCACUAUUGAUGCCGCUGGGGACACAACAGGGGACUCGGAUCGUGAAGUCAAACUCAUUGUGUAUCACUGGCUAACAGUGCUGUUCAUCAUCAUUGGGGCGCUCCUGCUGAUGAUGCUUUUCUGCAUCUGCUGCUGCCAGUGUUGCCCUCAGAAGUGCUGCUGUUAUGUCCGCUGCCCGUGCUGUCCACAGACCUGCUGCUGUCCUGAAAAAGCGGUAAUGCAGCACAGAAUGAUACGAGAUGCACAAAAGGCCAUGGUUCCCUGGAUGCAAGGCCAUCCCAUUUAUGCUCCUAUCAGCUCCAAUGCAUCCACACAGGGGGUCCCAAUAUUAUACUCAGGGUCCUACUCAGAUUACCCCAAAAAACAGAACCUGGCUAUGGCUCCCAUGCCGCUUUCACCAAUGGCCCUGCAAAACCAUGCUCCUCCUCCGCCUCUGGUCAAUGGCAGCCUGCAGGGCAGUGUGCAGGGGCCCAGUCAGAUGCUGGACUUCCUGGAGAACCAGGUUCGAGGACUGGAUGUUUCUUCACUCCCUCAGCAUAUGGCACCUUUACAGUCCCACCCUCCACCUGGCCCACCGCCUGUCCCCUACACACCAGGACCUCCCAGCAUGCUGUCUGCACUGGACGACAUGGGUGUGAGAGGAGUGGAGAGGCGGGUAAUCACUCUGCCUCCUAUUAUCCAGCGCAACCCUAGCUUUAACUCUCACAGGGGAGCAGGUGGAGCCGAGCGAGGGCAGCCUGGGCCUAGACUUUCCAGUAAGUCUAGUGGGAGUACUAAUCGCUCAAGUGCCCAUGGAUACAGAGACACCUCUCCACUGCGCCGUGGGAUCUUAAGAGACUAUAAUGAAGACUCAGACUGGGACAACAGGCGCAGCCGAGCUCCACACAGGAGGGACGAGAGAGGGGGGUCCUCUGGGCGGAGGAGUGGUGGAUCCAGACCUCGCGCUCGGAGUCGUGAUGACCUGAUGGAGGCGCUACAGAGCAGAGAGCGGCGGCGAGAGCGAAGUUACUCUCCUCCUCAAAGACACAAAGGGUCCUGGAGCUCAGAUGAAGACAACAGCAGCAGGAGGAGGAAGGCCAGCAAAGAGAAGAACUGGCCUGAAAAACCUCCCAGCUACUUCUCCAUUGAGAUGCAGCCAGGACACAGCAGAAGAAACUAUGACCGUCUCUCUGAUAGAAGCUCCCGUAGCGGCAUCAACAGUGUAGUCAUCUGAAACAUUUCUCUCUUGUUUGUUAUUGCAUAGAUUUCAUUUUGUAAUAGUUGUUGUUGUUGUUGUUGUUGUUGUAUGAGUAUUAAUGAUUAAUAAUGAAGUUGACUGUAUUUUUUGGCAUCUAAAUGCUAUUUUUGUGUUGUUGUUUUUUAAUUUCUUUUUGACUAUGUAGACUGUAUUUUUGUUUUGUUUAGAUAAAGUUGAAAAUGAAAUAUAAAAAUGUAAUCUAAAUAUCUUUCAUUUUGCAACAAUUCUGGCUUGUUAUUUCUAGUAUUUAUUUUGUUUUUGUGAAACACAGUCUGUUAGCCUGUGUAUCUCUUAAUUGACAUUUUUUAUAUUAUUCAAAAUUGUUUAACUGAAAUAUUGUGAAUGUUUCAAUAAACAUUUUUUACACC